CACCCUCUUUCCUCCUCCUCUCUCUCUCUCUCUCUUGGUUCUGCCUGCAAAAGGAAAGCAACAUGGCUUUCAUUCCUGUGCAGGCGACAUCUGACUUUCCCCUUCAGAACCUCCCGUACGGGGUCUUCUCUACGAAAGAGAAGCCCAGUCACAGGAUUGGAGUAGCCAUUGGCGACCAAGUGCUGGAUCUCAGUGCUAUUAAGCACCUGUUUGAUGGCCCAAUCCUUUCAAAGCAUCACCAAGUCUUUGACCAGCCAACCCUCAACCAUUUCAUGGCACUGGGCUGGGAAGCGUGGGCGGAAGCCAGAACUUUUCUUAAAAAGCUGCUCUCUGCUGAAGAACCAACGCUGAGAGAUAACACGGAGUUACGCAAAAGAGCAUUUGUGCCUCAGGCGUCUGCUAUAAUGCACCUACCAGCCGAAAUUGGAGAUUACACGGAUUUCUAUUCCUCUCGGCAGCACGCUACAAACGUUGGGGUGAUGUUCCGGGGAAAGGAGAAUGCUUUGAUGCCGAAUUGGCUGCACUUGCCAGUUGGGUACCAUGGACGCGCCUCUUCUGUCGUCGUGUCCGGGACGCCGAUCCGAAGACCAGCAGGGCAAAUGCGACCUGAUGACACUAAACCUCCAGUGUUUGGUGCUUGCAAACUUUUGGAUGUCGAAUUAGAAAUGGCGUUCUUCGUAGGCCCUGGAAACAAAGCUGGAGAGCCCGUCCCCAUCCGCGAAGCGCACAAACACAUCUUUGGGAUGGUGCUCAUGAACGAUUGGAGCGCUCGUGACAUCCAGAAGUGGGAAUAUGUCCCCCUGGGUCCGUUUCUGGGCAAGAGUUUUGGCACCACCAUCUCUCCGUGGGUGGUUCCCAUGGAAGCUCUGAUGCCUUUUGUGUUACCAAAUCCCAUCCAGGAUCCCAAGCCGCUGCCCUACCUCUGUGAUGAUCAGCCAUAUACUUUUGACAUAAAGCUCUUCGUUGCUAUUAAAGGAGAUGGAAUGAGCAAACCAGUUAACAUAUGCAGCUCAAACUUUAAGUACAUGUACUGGACCAUGAAACAACAGCUGGCUCACCAUACCAUCAAUGGCUGCAAUCUGAGACCAGGAGACCUCCUGGCAUCUGGAACUAUCAGUGGACCAGAUCCUGAGAGCUUUGGUUCCAUGUUGGAACUGUCAUGGAAAGGGACCAAAGCGAUCGACCUUGGGAACGGCCAGUCUCGUAAAUUUCUGCAAGAUGGGGAUGAAGUCAUUAUAACAGGCUACUGCCAGGGAAACGGGUAUCGUGUCGGCUUUGGCCAAUGUUCUGGAAAAGUGCUCCCAGCUGGACCAGUCUGAAGCUCUUAUGCAGAGGACAUCUUUGAGAACCGUGGAUUCCAGCUGGUGAUAUUUUUGACUUUGCAGUUUACUACGGGCAUGAAGGAACGGAAAAGACCAUUGCUGGGUAUAUCGUUCUGUAUUAGGUUCUUGCCAUUCUGCAUUUCUAAAGAACCCUGCAUUCUUAAUGUUUCCCUUAAUGCCAAGUUUUAGCAAUAUACGUUGUCAAAAACUACAUCUAGUUCUCAAUGCUGCAUUGCAUUCAUUUCAAUUAGAACCUAUUGCAGGGGCUAUAUUUGGGGCCCGAAAGCUGCUUUUCUGUAUCUUCUUUGUAUCUGCAAGCUGGCUAAGAAAGGUAAUGUCUCUUGAGCAUGUACCGAAUGCCUCUCUAAAUAAUGACACUCACCCCGCUGUUUACACUUAUACCCAUGCAUACUUACUGUACCUGGUUAGCUUCUAGUUCACAAAUGCUCAUGCCGCAAUAAAUCUGGUAGUCCUCAA